AGGUAAGAAGUGAACUUAUGCGGGUCUCUUCAGCACGUCAGCUGUUCCUUGAAGGAAGCCGAUCCUGUUGCCCACGCAACAAGCACACGCACCCCUCCCUGCUAAGCUCCUUGUAUUAUUAUUUUCCCAACCACUGGGAAAAGAAACACCUGCUUGGAAAUGGAAACCAAAGAUCCUACUGGAAAAGAAAGUGCGGGGAUCAAGAAAAAGAACCUGACUUUCCUCAAGCAGAGAUUGUACAUGCUGGAGAGGAGGAAGACGGACACGGUGGUGGAGAGCAGCGUUGCAGGAGACCACAACAGCAGCUCUGCAACCUUGAGGAGGAGCCAGUCAGACAGGAGUGAAUACAACCUGAAAUUGCAAGAAAAGAUGGCACCCCAUACGGGAUCUGUAGGACCAGUUGGUUUACCCCUGGAAACUGAAGAACAACUGAUUAAGCGAAUGAUGGCCAGAAGGCAAAAGAUAAUUGCAGAAAUACUUCAAACAGAAAGAGAUUAUCUUAGUGAUCUGGAACUCUGCAUCAGAAUAGUGGUUGAGCCCUUGAAAAAAAGGCAGAUUGCUCGACUUGAUGUGGACAGCUUAUUCAGCAACAUUGAAUCGGUCCAUGAAAUAUCAUCCAAACUGUUGUCAUUGUUGGAAGAAGCAACAUCAGCUGUGGAACCAGACAUACAAAUAAUCGGUCAAGUGUUUCUACAGAUUAAAGAUGUACUAGAAGAAGCAUACAAAAUCUACUGUUACCAUCACGAUGAUGCUCACCUUCUUCUGGAAUUCUAUGAAAAGGACGAGGAGUUGAAACAAUGUAUAAAAGACUGUUUACAGUCCUUGAAAAAGAUCUAUGAAGAAGGGGGAAAACCAAAUCUACUAGAUAUGGGAUCUCUGAUGAUCAAACCAAUACAACGUGUAAUGAAGUAUCCUUUGUUAUUGUGUGAGCUCUUGAAUGCCACUCCUAGGUCUCAUCCCGACCACAAAGCCCUGCAGGAUGCCUUGGUUGCUAUGAAAGAUAUGAAUAUGAAUAUAAAUGAACUUAAAAGGAGAAAGGAUAUAGUGCUUAAGUAUAAGAAGAAUGAUGAAGAUGAAUCUUUGAAGGAUAAAUUUUCAAGGUUAAAUAUUCAUUCAAUUAGUAAAAAGUCCAAGAGAGUGACUGGUCACCUGAAGAUUCUGACAGGAGGAGAGCCUCAGGUGAAAGACGAAGUUUUUAAUAAAGAGGAGAAGUUAUUCAAAAGCUUAGAAAAAACAGUCAAACUAUGUGUGAAGAAUAUUCCAUUGUCUCUUCAGCAUUUAGAAGACUCUGUAUUUCUCGGAGCACAGUGCAUAACUGAUCUUCAGGAUCUACUACAUGAGAAUGAAGACGGAGCUAAUGGGUCCUCAGACGCAUUGAUUAAUGCUGGGCAUCCCAGCAAACUCUUUCUGAAUCAAGUAGAGAAGUUGGUGUUGACUCCAUUGACUGCAUUGCACUCUCUUUUCCUCGGCCCUCAGAAGCUCAUCCAAAAGCGUUAUGACAAACUUCUGGAUUAUAGUAGCUUGUAUCAAAAAGCUUCAGGGGAUGAUACUGACCUGGCCAAGAAAGAAUAUGAGGCUCUCAAUGCACAGCUGGUGGAGGAACUCCAGCGGUUCAAUGAAGCAGCAAAGAAAAUUGUAACCAGUUGCCUAUGUUGUCUCAUCACUCUCCUGAAAGACAUGAUGUCAUCAGCAUCACAAUCCUUCAUCCACAAUGAAUCCCAAUUACUAGCAAUUAAACCGGAGAAAACUUCUCCCAGUAUCAGUGAAAUACAAGAUCAGGUUCUUGAAGAUGUUCACAAUUUGAAUUGUAUCAAGGAAAACCACUGUGUAACUUUUAUUGAAAGAAAGCUGAGUUUUGAAAAAAAGAGGCCUGUCUCUCUCCAGCCUGAAUUUCCCCGUCAGAAAGAAGUACACCGGUUAAUGCUACUUUCUACGUACAACGUGGACUUGCUAUACCAAGCCAAGCGUAAAUGCAAUGCCACACAGGAGUUGGAUAUUGAUCUUUAUGAAGGAGAGGUGGUGGCUCUCAUAGACCAAAAGGAUCCUUUUGGCUCUACAAGCAGGUGGCUUGUUGAUACUGGAAUUCUUAAAGGAUACGUUUAUUCUUCCUUCCUGAAACCCUAUAAACCAGCCAAGGAAUCAAAAAAUCCUGGGGAAAUCCAUUUCUGUGACGGUGACUUUGAUAACAUCAGCCUUUUUGUCUCUGCGCGACAACUGGAUGACAACAGUACAAAACCCACAGAACACAAAAGAAGUGGCAGUGACUCUUCCUAUAAUAGCCUGUGUGAAAAAGAAUUUGUGAAUGGCUCAGAAUUGGACAGCUGUUAUGAAACAGAUGAGCAACACACUUUCUAUGCUGUUCAUGCAUUUCAAGCAAGGAGUAAGCAGGAACUCAGUCUUCAUGAGUAUCAGCGAGUUCAAAUCCUUCGUUUUUCGGACCUGAGUGGCAAUAAAGAAUGGUGGUUAGCUGAAGCCGAAGGACAAAAAGGAUAUGUGCCAGCUAAUUAUCUUGGGAAGAUGACAUACACAUAAAUAUCAGAUUAAUUUUACGGAAUAAAUUCUCAGAGCCAGAAGACUUUUAUUGUGAUAUUAUCACCCAUGAAUUUUUGUGCCUUAAAAAUGCAAUAAGCUAAGAGCUUCUAAAAUCCGGAAUUGAAGUACUUGUGAAGAAGAAUUUUUGAUGGAAUGCGUAUAUUUACUUUUACUUUUGUCACAGUGGACUGGACAAGAACUCUUGUAAUUCCUUUCACAGAUUUCUGAGAAAUUUAAUUAUAUUGAAUUCAUCCACUGAACCAGGGGCCCCAAUCUCCAGGCCGUGGUCUAUUUGGAAUCAGGCUUUGCGAGCAUUAUAUUGUGCAAGUAGAGUUGUGUGUGUGCACUUGCGUGCUAGCCCAUCGCUCAUGCAAGUUGAGCUGUGUGUGCAUGUUAGUCCACUGCGUGCAUGACCCGGUUCCCCUCUGCCCCCCAGCCGGCUCGCCAAGCCACAAAGGUUGGGGAUGACUGCACUAAACCAUCUAUAACAACAAAAAUCUCAUGACAUAAUAAUCUACUUGGUCCUUUAGGUGCCACAAAAUGACUUGAUCUUUGCUGUGAAAACCUAACCCAACUAAUCCAACUAUGACAGUUAUAAAAUUCGAUGUUUGAUUUUUUGUAGAUUUGUGAAUUAAUCAGGAAUGGGCAAGAAGAACCCUAUAUUGUCCAAGAAUGUUCUCAGGUUUCUAUAUAUUCUUAGAAACAGUUUAGACUCAGAUAUAAGGAACUAAAAUGGUACAGAGAAGUUGAGAAAAUUCACUGGAGAUUUCUUGCACAUGGAAGUACCUUUUUGGUUAUGCAAGACAUUUCUAGUUCCAAGCUUGUAAAGAACUGAAUGCACUUUUUGUUGACCUUUCAACAUAUUACUUUUUAAUCUCAGAUUAAGAACUGUAAUCUCAGAACUGUAGUUCUGCUGAAAAUGCUUCCUGAAAUUUAUUUUAAGUGACAGCUGUUAACCUCAAUGGAGAGAUAAAUGCAAUUCUGUAUACACCAGGAAUUAUGCUUCAUAAAUUCUAAUGGGACCCAUUUCUUGUUUCAGAAUUGUAUUUUAAGGAUAAAUCCCACUGUAUUUAGCAGUGCUCGCUUCCAAUGAAGCAUCUGUAGGAUUAUACUGUGUUUACAUACUCUGCAAUGGCCCAGAGGACAUGUUCCCCAAGAGCAAGUAACAGGAUAGAAUUGGUGAUGAUGAAGCAAACUUGGGUGCUCUGGGAACCAAAGUUUGGAGCACCGGAUCAAGGCAGUCAUUAGAAUGAAAUCUCAGUAUUUUCUUUAAAUCAGAUGUCUAAAUUAAUACAAUAUUUUAUUGUCCCAAACCAUUAGGUUAUUUUAAAAGCAAAAUUUCUGUGCAAUACUCAAUAUACACACAAAUGAUAUCCAGGAUCCAAUCUGCGCGGGCUACCAAGACCAGAGGUUUGUCUUCUGAGCUUUUGAACUGUCACAGAGAACUUCCCUGAGGUUGGGCUCCAGCACAAGUCAGAAGACAAAACUUCUGGUCCUGAUGAACGACUCAGAUUAGAUCCUGCAACACUAUCCUGGGAAACUGAUGACUCCCCCAGAUACCCCACUAGAGGUCAGCUUGGGGGAAGAUGAACCAGUUCCUGGCACGGUAGGAGCUGAGUUGAUUGAUGGCUCCGAGCUGCUGUCUGUGAGGGAUUUGGCUGAAGCACAGCUGCAACAGAACAAUCCUGAGACGCCAGGUGGGGAAAGCAUGCAGCUGCAGCUAGUCAAUGAUGAGGAAGAGGAACUGCCUUCUGCACCUGAUCCAAUAACACAUAAGACAGAGAAAAGGCAGGAGCAGAGGUCAGGCAGAUGCACUGCACCGAAAGUUGGCUAUUUAGCACAGCAGACAGAUGAAGGCGCUGCUGGGAACGUGUUUGUUUCCUAGCUGUGUGUUUUCUGGUUGUUGUGAUUCCUGCCUUGGUUUGAUACUGUGCCUUGACUUGGAUCAUGCCUUGGAAACUCUGGACUUUUCUUGCCUUGUGACCUCUCGUGUUGUGGAUUUAAAUUUGCCUGGUGGCUUUAUUUUGAUUGAGAAACUUUCAAGUGCCUUGUAGACUCUUUUGACCAUUGCUCCAUGGACUAGCAUUGGUCUGCUUGUGGAUGGACUUAAUUGGGACAGUUCUGGGUUUUUGAUGAAGAGAAUUGGUGGGGAAUGUUAAUAAACUCACUAAACCAGUUAUGUGUGUGUGUGAGUGAGUGGGUGGGACAGCACAGCACAUAUUUGCCUUCAUUCAUGAUAAAUGAUAUCCUCCUAGGCAAUUUCCAAAUCACUUAAAAAUACAAAUACAGAAGUCAUUAAAUCUGAUGCUAUUUUCCAUAUAUUAAGAACUAGUGAAGUAUAUGUCAGUAGAGUUCAAGAAACUAUUUAUAAAUGGUCUCUAGGAUCAAUCCUGUAGGGAUAGUUUACAAACAGACUUUAGAUCAGUCUGAGUUUCCACCAUGAGGCCAAAAGCUUGGAAAAUUGUAUCUCUGGUCCCAAUGACUGACCCAGAUUGGCUCCUGCAACAUUACCCUGGGGCAUGUAUAUUUGCCUUCAUGUCAGUCUCAUAUAUUUCAUUGCUGGGUUGAGAACUUCAGCAAUAUGACUUUUUCAAUGACCCCUCACAUAAUAAGGUGGCAAAUACUCCAUGAAUUAUUGAUCUUUCUAUUGCUUUCUGAUUUUCAGACAGACAUCUAUACUUUGUGUGGUACAUAAGCUUUCUUUUGCAAUUUUGUGACUAAUAAAAUGCUCGCAGAACUGA